UGUCUCUGUUCCCUUUUGUGCCACCAUCAUGUCCUCGCCAGCUCGGCCAACAAAGGUCAGCUUCGGCUUCAAGAAGGCGGUAGCUGCCCCGUCCUCAUCUAGUGGCUCGUCUUCAUCCAAGACAUCUCUGGCAACAAAGGCCUUUGGCGGAGAUGAAGAUGAAGGCAACGACGACGAUGCCAACGCAGGACUCUCAGCUCCUCGCUCCUCAACCUCAACCUCUUCUCGCAAGCAGCCAUCACGCACCGCCCCCACCUCAGCUCCAGCAUCCAAAUUUUCACAGAAACACAGCACCCUCGCUCUCUCCCUCGACUCUUCGGCCUUUGCAUACGACGAUGUCUACGAUUCGAUGAAGGCCUCUUCGGCCUCCUCUUCCUCCAAGGAUCCAGCUACCUCCUCGACCACUGCGGAGGGAGGUCGCAAAGAGUCCAAGUACAUGUCCUCAUUUCUCUCUUCUCGCAAAGAGCGCGACAAGCUCCUGCUAAGAGCAGAAGCCAAACGCACACAGCGAGAGAGAGACGCAGAAGGCGAAGAGUUUGAGGGAAAAGACGAGUUUGUUACGGAUGCAUUCAGGGAACAGCAAGAGGAGUUGAGGAAAGUGGAAGAGGAAGAGAUGAAGAGCGAGAAGGAGGGGAAGAAGCAAGGGAGCAAGGGUAUGACGGGCUUUUACCAGAGGAUGAUGGAUGAGCAGGAGAAACAGCACAGGGAGCAGGUUGAGGCGGCUGAGAGGGCUUCUGCAAAGAAGGGCGAAGGGUCUUCGUCAGCUGAAGAUGCACCGAAGGAAGGGGAAGAUCUCUCCCAGACUCCAUCAGCCAUCGCUGAGGCUCGGGCAAAAGGCCUCACCGUCCAACUCAACGACGAAGGCGACCUCGUCGACCAACGAUCCCUUCUCUCUGCCGGUCUCAAUGUUCUACCUGCAGCUGUCAAGCGGAGGCAAGAGCAGGAAAAGGCCGAGAGAGAAGAACAGGAACGACGCAGGCAACGCGGGCUCAGAGACGAUCGUCGCGAUCGAGACUCAUACUCACACUCUACUGCAGCGCCUCGUGAUGGUGCCGACCGCGAGGAUCGUAGAAGACGCGAUGCUGCCUCCAUGCGCGAGCUGGAAGCGCAGCUUCUUCGUGUGCAGGAAGGCAAGGAGGAAGAGGAGGCGAAGAGGCUGGAGAGGAAGAGGAGAGAAUUGAUGGGUCUGGAUAUGGCCAAUGAUAGAGGAAGCGGCAAGAGUGCAAGCCCAGAGGGAGGGGCUGGGAAUGCCGUGUCUCCGCCGCCAAAGGUUGACAAGGCUGCUGAGGCGAGGAAGCGGUUGGAGGAGAGGAGAAAGAGGAAAAGGGAGGAGGAAGAGUCCGCAACCGCAAAGAAGUAGCUCAACAGCGUGCGCAGAUCGGAGGGGUUAUUAAGGAUUUGGUGCAGAUCGAAGGUUGAGCAUUUGUGCAUGUGGAUGAGGAAUUAAUGCGCGUCGAGAGAGUCCGUAAGAUACCCCUAGAGGAUUGAUCAGGAGAGUCGGUAUUAGACAAGGCGAAGAGGGUAGAGUAAGCGUCGCUCGCAGGACGACGUGGUAUAUUCGCCCGGAAAUCGUGCUGGUGGUCGAGAUCGUCGUCGUGGGAGGCAUCAGGAUCUUGAUGAUGACAUGGGGCCGAUGAAGGGCAACGGGGACGUUGCAGCCCUGAGCUACAUCAGCGGCGUCGAAGUCGCCUACCACCCCCCUCGGCGGCUGGAACAGCCCCGCCGACAGUAGGCGUGCCCUCCCUCUUCUUUUCUCCCUUUGCCUCUUCCUUCGUACCGCAAGCCAUUGUGAAGCAGUAGUACAUCCCUA